UUUCCUGUCUAGAGUGGAGCUCCACUCUGCAGAUAGACUACUUUGCUCCAGUCUGCAGCUAGACCCUUCUCCCGUGACACAAACAGGAAGAGACAGGCGGAGACUGCGGGAGAGAGUGACCCCCAGCACAGUGAGACAGUCUGACACCGAGACCACAGCUGGUAUCGUGAUGGCGAUGCGUGGAUUGGUAGAUACGGAAUGUGGGGGGUCAAACCCCCUCAUGCAACUGACCGGUCACUUUACUCAGGACAAAGGUCUGCGGCAGGAGGGGAUUCAGCAUAUAGCGUGGACUCCAGGUGCCAGCACGGUCGCCAAGCCGAUUGGUGAAGCAACAGAAGAUGAGCUUGUAUCAGAGUUCCUGCAGUCUCGUACACCCUCCCUGCAGUCUCGGGCACCUCACACCUUUAAGAUGGAUGGUCUCUUAGCGGAGAUGCAGCAAAUAGAACAGAGCAGCUUUAGGCCUGAACCCUUGCGAGCACCUGGUGUGGCAGACCUGGCAUUGUCACAGCACUGGACAGAAGAGUUUAUCACAUCAGAGCCAGAUCCUGUGGUGGAAGACUGGAGCCGAGAGUUCACUGAGGAGGCAGGUGAGAGAACGUCACACAUUGUCACAAGUGGUCACCUCAUACAUCACACACUGAGGGAUAAUACAAAGUAGAGACAAAGGACCACUAAAUACAGUAGAAUUGCAUAAUAAAGAGACGCUCAGAAUUUCAACUAAAGAGUAGAUUUGUUUCUUAUACAUUCCCCCCCAUUUGCCUGCCCCCUGUAUCAUGUGAC